AACCUUGGCCAUAUUCAUACAAAGUUCCGAAUUUCAACUUGGGCAGAGGCUCUCUCACUGAAGGCCGUGGUAAAAAUGGUGUCACGCUGGUUCAUUCUAAUGGCAGUUUUGCUCUUCUGUGUCACUCAGGUAUCAUCGGACGCAGAGAUUGAAGAACACCAAACCCAGGUGGUGAAAGGAGCAAACAGAAGGCUCUUGCCAUUCCUGGAUUGUGGAGGACUGUGCAAGGGAAGGUGUAGUGCGCACUCGAGGCCAAACGUGUGCAACAGGGCAUGUGGCACGUGCUGCGUGAGGUGCAAGUGUGUGCCACCUGGAACAUCAGGGAACAGAGAAAUGUGUGGGAGUUGCUACACCGACAUGACAACUCAUGGAAACAAGACCAAGUGCCCUUAAAAAUCAACUACUCAAUCUCCCAGUGGACCCCAUCUUAUUAUUAAUUAAAAUAAUUACAUAGUUAAUUAGCCUUUCUGCUCUGCUAAACAUUAUAUAUAUUAAUCCUUUUAAUUAUGGUUUCGGUUGUGAGAAAUUAAAAUAUAUGUAGCUGUGUUCCUUGUAGUAGUUCUGUUUGUUUGUUCCAAUAGUAUAUCAUGUGAUGUUUGUAGUCUUAACUACUG